AUUUUGUCAAAUCGCCUUGUAGUUAGAAAAAAUUGUAAAAUCACUCUGCUAAACAGAUUUCGCAAAUAAUUUCAAUCGCUAUAUAACUAUGUUACCGGGUGUUGGUAUAUUUGGCACUGGUGCUAUAACAAAGGUAUUAGUGCCGUUACUUCGCGAAAAAGGAUUUGAUAUCAAAGCCAUUUGGGGUCCUUUAAAAGAAGCAGAGUCAGUAGCUCAAACGCAAAAAAUUGCAUUUUUCACAAACAAAAUCGAUGAUGUGCUUCUACGUAAAGAUGUCGAUCUGGUGUUUAUAGUCUGUCAACCAUUUCAACAUGCCGAGAUAUCAAAGAAAGCGCUCGGCAUUGGAAAACAUGUUGUAUGUGACCGUCCGAUGGGACUACAUCAAGCAGAUGCAUUGAAAAUGGUGCAUGCAUCACAGUACUAUCCACGUUUGAUUACCUUAGUUAAUUAUUCACUUCGAUUUCUCCCCGCAUUUACACACAUGAAACGUUGUCUGCAGGAAGGUCUUAUUGGACCUGGCAAUGAAAUCUCACUGAUCGAUAUACGGGUGCAAUUAGGUACACUUUUUCCAGAGAAAUUCGAUUGGAUGUGUGACGCAGCCAUGGGCGGUGGCGCAUUGAAUUUGGUGGGUAGCCACGUUAUCGAUUUGGUCAGUUACCUCUUGCAACAACAUGCAGUGCGUGUACACGGUGUUGUACGCUCAUAUACAAAGACAACGCCGGCAGUCAAUGGUAUACGACAAAUAUCAGCACCUGAUUUUUGUACAUUCCAGAUGGAAUUAGCAGGUGGCGGUGCGCUAGUAACCGUUUCUCUACACAGUCACACGGUGCCGGCCAAAUCUUUUUCACAAGAGGUCUUAAUUUGUGGCAGCAAAGGUCAUUUGGUCGUACGUGGUGGCGAUCUAUUUGUAUUUAAAAAAGAUGCGGAACCACCACAGCUGAAGGAAGAAGCUAUUUAUGUUGAUGUUCAAGAUUUACAUUUUGCAACUUCGGAAUCUUUGCUCCCGCGGCCUUACAUAAAGGGUUUGUGCAAAAUGGUUGGUGCAUUGAAAGAAGCGUUCGCUGAUAAAGAUGCUUCUUGGGUAAAGGAACCCGUCCAAGCUGCAGCAACGUUCGAAGAUGGUCUAUAUGUGCAAGCUGUGCUGGACGCCAUACGUAAAUCCAGCGAAACGAAAUCUUGGCAGCGUGUUAGAAUCACCCCAGAAACUCCCUCGAAUCAUGAGCAGAUUAUGACGUUUGCACGCAUGUCAACUAUGUAAAUUAUUACGGUGCUAAGGCAUAUAGAUACUAAUUUAUUCAAUGUUUUUUUUAUCGUAGUGACAAUUAUUUAUUCGCUUCCCUCGGUAAACAGUUAACUUUAUUGCACUUGGGCUGAGAUUAUCUUAGAUUUGUUUAUUUAUUUCUACUCAUAUAUAUCUAUGUUUGUGCAACAUAUGUCCGAAUAUGUAGUGAAACGUGUUUUUUUAAUGUUUUUUUAAUGUAUUUACAUUUAUGUACUAAGAAUUCUUUUCUACCUUUAAAAAGUGUAACACUCAACAUAUUAUUCGUUUACCGCAUUAUAAAUUUAUUUAUAAAAUUUUUAUGCAUAAUUAAACUAAGUGACUUAGUAUUUAGUUUGAAGAAUAAAGCAAAACAAAAA